GAGCCAGCGAGAAACGCACGCGGCGCCGGGUCGCUAGAAUCUCUGGUUACUACGUACUCGUACGUACAUAUAAUGAGAUCAGAGAAAAUAGAAAAAGUCACAAUCGAAAAAGUCAAAUUUUCAAAGUAGGCGAGCCCUAACAUAUCAGAGCAUCAGACUAUACUAUACGUAUGGAAAAUAAGACAAAGGAACAUACACGGAAAAUCACUGAAAUUUGAUCAUUUUUAUUUUUAUGGAAUUAAGUGCAAAGUAGUGAACCGUAAACUGUGAACGGAACGUCUCGAGAAGGUUAAUCGUGCGUUGAGACACGGGGCGACUUUUCCGCCAUGGAUUUCAUCACGAGCAUGAUCAAACGGCCCCUGAGCAUUCGCCUAACAGACGCCAACAGCAGCAGCAGUGGCAGCGGCCUUUCGUCGGCGGAUUCCAAUCCAAAGGAUUCCCCAUCUGCAUUGGCUAGCAUGGCUGUCCACCCGGUCGUGGCCACAGAGGAUUUGCUUCAACUGGGGGAUCUGGAACCGCUGCCCAGCGCUAGGGAGAGCAUUCAAAAGCUCCUGCUUGACGUCAAUGUGAAUCUGAGCCAAGUUAGCGCCCACGAAAUGGAACAUUUGCAGGCCAUGAGUGCGGAGAUGAGUCCGCUGGCAGUGAAGCAGAGUGUCAGGCCGAGUUUGGAGAAACAAAAGGCUCUGGCUACGGCAAUGAUCAUACCGCCAUCAGAGGACCUGGCGAUUGAGCCAGUGGCUCCUAGAUUUGGGAUGUUCGAUGAGGAGCAGAUACCGGAGCUCGCUCCACUCAGUGCCGAAAUGGAGGCCCAACUGAAAGCCGAUCAAUCGGAUGCGGAUGUCUUUGUGGAGUGCAUGUCCCUCAACAGCGAAAAGUUCUCCUGUGAUCCUUCAGAGCUGGAGGCCUAUUCGAGUGCCCUCAACGAUGUACUGGAGCAGCAGCUGGAGCAAACAGUCAGUGAUCCACUGGCUGGCAGUAUUGCACACAACACCAGCUACGAGCCCAUGGAUGUGGACGAAAUUAACGAAACCAUGGAAAUGCUAAAGGAUGUUUUGGCUCCAGAGGAUCAUCAGUUGCUGCAGCAGCAAUUCCUCGGGGAUGUCUUGCCGCCCGGUAUGGGUCAAGAGCUGUACCAUAGGCAACAGCAGUCGCCGCAGGAGGGAACACAGGUGCCCCUGGAAAGGGAGCAGUCACAGCCACAGUCAAUGCCUGUGCAGGAAGUUCCACAGCUGGAAAAGAAAGUGCCAGAGGCAGAGCAAUCCGUUGGGCAGUGCCAGAAGCAAGACGUGCCCUUGCCAGCAAUUGGUCUUUUCCAGGAGAAUGGGUCGCCUCAGGAGCAAGCGGAGCAGCAAUUGCCAGCAGUUUAUCCUUCCCAAGAGCAAAAGCAAUUAUCUAAGGAACUGGAAGUGGCUCUGCCAGCAGCAGUUGAGCCUCCUCAAGAGCCGAACCAAUCGACUCAGGAGAAGACAGCGCAGUCGCAGACAUGCCAGGGGGCGGAACAGCUUGUGAAAGCUCUUACGAUGGAUCAAAUGCUUCAGGAGGAGCCACAAGAAAAGAUACAGAACUCAGAGAUAUGCCAACUGCACGAACAGCAGGUCAUAGUACAUCCUCAGGAGGUACAAUUCGAAAAGCAGGAACCAAAGGAAUGUCCUGUGUUGAUGAACAGCAGCCAUAUUUCCAUGGAAAACGAGCACGAGCAGAGUCUUCAGCUGGAACAGCCUCAAGAGCCGGAAAUAGAAACAGAGCAAGUUGUUCCAUCCCCAGCAGAGGAACACUUGAAGAAACCAGAAGAGCCAGCUGUAGCUCCGCUCUCCCCGCCUAUUCCGACUCUGCAGGCGAACAGGGUGGAGUAUCCCAUAUCCCCGCCCAUACCCACACAUCGACCAAAGACUGCCGAGGAACUGAUGUUCCUGGCGCUCAAAGAGUUCCCCUUAAGUGCUAAUGAAGGUGAUCUAGGAUCAGAUGAUAAGGCAACUGUCCCAGAAGAAAAAAAACCCGAUCAGGGGACUGUGGUGGCCGUUACACCUAGCCAGUUGCAACAAACCAUCAAGCCCCACCACCAAGAGCUGGACAGCAGCUCCUCCAACCCCAAGGUACUCUCGACAGGACCCAAUUCACCAAGUUUUCCCAUUAAAGGUCCGACUGAGCAGUCUGCGCACUUUCCCCGCUCGCCGCACGCUCCGGCCGAGCGAAAGGAGAUGUCCUACCUGGAGGAGGCCGUCAUAGAUUCCACGGCGCAGCGCAAGCUGAGCAUUUGCGAGCCGGGAGUCAUUGCCAAGUCGCCGGUUACCAUAAAAGUGUCGCAGCCGAGUCCGGAGCAGCGUCAUCUGAAUGAGACGCUGCCCAUGGGUGAAGUUUCCCCGGAGCCGCAGGAUGUAACCUUCGAUAGCGGAAAACGGAUCGAACACAGUCCUCAAAAUGAAGAUACAGCGUUUCAAGAUUUGUCCACGUUUGCCGUGUCCCUGGGAGCAGCCGAUGAUCAUCAGCGUCGCACAUUCUCCGUGAUCAAGUCCACAGAGGACCAGCAGGAGGCAGGAGAGAGCAAAUCGCGUCGUACUUUCUCCCUGGAGAAGGACAAACCCCGACGCACUUUCUGUGUGGAGGCGCAUGCCUCGCCGGCAGUGGAGGCCACCGAAGAGAGCAUGGGCAGCGAGGAUUACGAGGCCAUGGACGUGGACGUCUCUGUGCAGGUUCAAGAGGCCACUACGCUCAAGUCCCCGCGGACCCCGGCCCAAGUUCCCAGCUCGCCACCAAUCCCCACCCAUCAAAACCUCACCCGUCCGCCUAUCCAUGUGGAGUAUGCUCCGGCGGCCUCUCGCCAAGGCAAUGCACCCGCUGUCGUCGAGGAGCAGGCCCUGUCCGCCAAGGAGCAGGCCCAUCUCAGUGCCCGCGACGAAAAGGAUGUGUUUGUGGAGUACUUCGGGGCCUUGUCGCCAGUGUCGGAAGACAUGUUCAAGACGCCACAGUACACCAGUAGUGGGUUUAAUAAUUUAGCCAAAAUGAAGUCCGGAUUAGGAGGAGGAGCUCCCACAAUGUCCCUACCUGGAAAGAGGCAGGAGGAGGAACAGUUUUCCGAAGACGAGUUUCAGGAUGCCGCCAGUAAUACAAAAUUAAUACUCAACUCUUCAGAUUUCGAUUAUUUGUACACCAAAGGCAACAAUAAUGCCCCAGUGGAUCGGAGCUCGUUGCUAUUAAAGUUUGAUCCGCUGCUCGGAGCUGCAGUGCCAGUGAAUAGGAUAAAAAAGCAUGCUAAAAUGAGUGUGGACGUUAUAGACAACGAUUGCAACAAAGCCUUCGAUAAUUGCAACCUUAAUACGGAGGACAAAUCCCACACCUACAACAAUAUGGACGAACUGGAGAAGAAGAUCAAAAAUGAAGUAACCCUCUCAGAGGACAUUGAGAAGAAGCUGAAAGAUGCAGAGCAGCGUGAAGAGGCGCUCAUUAAGCGCAUUACAGAAAAAGAUAAAAUAAAUUCAAAGCUCACUGGCGUCAUCGAGACCUAUGAGAAAGUCAUUGCGGAGCUCAUCAGCGAGAAAGAGCAGCUGAGACAGAACUACGAAACACAACUGCAGGAAGUGCAAACAAGUCGCGAUGCAAAUUACCAUCACUUAACGUCGCUGGAAACGACGUUCUUCGAUCUGCAUGUGAAAUAUGAAAAGAGCAAAGAGAUGACAUCGGAGCUGAAAAACAGCGAGGAUACGCUGCUGAAGGAAAAAAAACAGCUGAUGGAGAAUGUGCGAUUGCAAGAGCAGCGCUACGAGAAGAUGAGAAGCCAUGCCAUGCAGCAGCUGGAAAUUGCCAAUAAAAAGCUGGACACAAACGCAAGGGAGCAUGCGGAUGAGGUGAAAAAACUAAAAGCUUUACUCAAAAAGGAGGAAGUGUCGCGAGUCUCGACGGCCGAGCACCUGCAGCAGAAGUCGCGCGAGAAUGCCGAUCUGCUGAAGAUCUGCGAGGAGCUCAUCUACGGCAAGGGCCAAGGUGGUAGUAGUUAAACUCUCUCCAACGGAUUUUCCUGGAAUAUAUUUUAUACGUUGCUAUAAACGCGCACACACAUCCACUCAUACACACACACACACACACUUGGAUUCAUCUGGAAAGUGGAACGCAUUCGCAUACGCAUUCGCAUCUUGUGGCAUGUCUGUCUAUCAAUCCGAAACUCGCGCCACGCCAUGCCACCCUUCAUCCGUCAACCCCACAUUACAUGGUGUUCUAUUAAUUUUUUCUGUUGUGUGCUCGUUACUUGAAUAUUAAAAUUAAUAAUGUUUAGUUAUAUAUGAAGUAAUUCAUGAUGUAUUCCCAAUGGGCUAACGAUUCGACAAAACAUAUUAUACUAUUUCUAGAUUUUUAGUUAACCCCGCAAACACUCACAACCCACACAGUCCGCCCUCCACCCCUUACACCCAGCGAAACGCUUCGGAGCAGCCCAAUUGAGUUCCCUUUGUGUUCUGCAGACGCCUUACGGGUGCGCCGGCUACCCAAAUAUAUAUGUUACUAAUUCUCUA